AUGGAGGCCGGGCAUGAUGGAGGGCGACCCCAUUAUCCAGGAGAUGAGGUCAUUCGUAUCCGAGGCCAGACCCGCCACGGAUCUCCCCGCCGCCGCGGUGAUGUCCACCCUCGAGUGCCAACGUUUAAGUACAGAAAGUGGCACUACCAGAGUACAGAAAGUGGCACUAUCAGAGUACAGAAAGUGGCACUAUCAGAGUACAGAAAGUGGCACUACCAGAGUAUAGAAAGUGGCACUACCAGAGUACAGAAAGUGGCACUAUUAGAGUACAGAAAGUGGCACUACCAGAGUAUAGAAAGUGGCACUACCAGAGACCCCAGAGGAAAAUACCCCAAACCCCAGGACCCCAGAGGAAAAUACCCCAAACCCCACGACCCGAGGAAAAUACCCCAAACCCCAGGACCCCAGAGGAAAAUACCCCAAACCCCAGGAACCCAGAGGAAAAUACCCCAAACCCCACGACCCGAGGAAAAUACCCCAAACCCCAGGACCCCAGAGGAAAAUACCCCAAACCCCAGGACCCGAGGAAAAUACCCCAAACCCCAGGACCCCAGAGGAAAAUACCCCAAACCCCAGGAUCCCAGGGAAAAUACCCCCAAACCCCAGGACCCCAGAGGAAAAUACCCCAAACCCCAGGACCCCAGAGGAAAAUACCCCAAACCCCAGGACCCCCCAAACCCCACGACCGAGGAAAAUACCCCAAACCCCAGGACCCCAGAGGAAAAUACCCAAACCCCAGGAACCCAGAGGAAAAUACCCCAAACCCCCGAGGAAAAUACCCCAAAUCCCAGGACCCCAGAGGAAAAUACCCAAACCCCAGGACCCGAGGAAAAUACCCCAAACCCCAGGACCCCAGAGGAAAAUACCCCAAACCCCAGGACCCCAGAGGAAAAUACCCCAAACCCCCCCAAUACCCCAAACCCCAGGACCCCAGAGGAAAAUACCCCAAACCCCAGGAACCCAGAGGAAAAUACCCCAAACCCCACGACCCGAGGAAAAUACCCCAAACCCCAGGACCCCAGAGGAAAAUACCCCAAACCCCAGGACCCCAGAGGAAAAUACCCCAAACCCCAGGACCCUAGAGGAAGUAAACACGGGAAUAAUACACCAAUAAUUCGAGUCUUUCACCUGUCCAUGUUUUAG